UCAGAUUAGACCUGGAGUUAGAAUCCUCAUGCUUUGUAGCUAUGUAACCUCAGAGCCUUUUGGGAACUAUCCUCUCCUAAUUAAUACCAAUUAAUAUUCAUACAGAAAUUUAAUGUUGGCAAAAUACUUUAUACAUGUUACUUCUUCGGAUCUUCACAACAACUUUAAUAUUUAAGGUCUUCCACAGCUGGCACCUAACCACAUUUCUGGUGUUAUUUCCUAGUACUUUAUUUCAUGGACUUCACAUCCCAGCACAUCUGGACUAUGUUUAGCUGUUCAAUAAGCUUCCAUCAUUCACCUCUUGCCUCCAUGGUUUUGCAUAAGCUACUUCUCAUGUUUAGAAUGAACUACUUCCUCUAUCUUUUCCUCUGGGAAAAUCCCUAAUUUCCACGAUUUAUUUGUUUCUUUUCCUCGUUUCCUCAAAUUCUAUUUACUUAUUUAGGUGUUAAAUUUCCUGAGUGUAAUAUUUUUGAGAGAGGAGAUUUUUUGUCUUUGUACAUCCAGCUCCCAACUCUUGAGUUCUACAUGGCAGGUGCAUAAUACUAAUUCAUUGAACCAAAAUGAAUUAAAACCUCUUCCCCUUUCUAGAUUUAGGCUUAUCUAAAAUGAGGGAAUUAGAUUACAUUGUUUCUGAGAUUCUAUCUUGUUCUAAAUCCUAUGAGAGUGUUUUUUACCAGCUGAAAGAUCCAGGCCCUUUGGCUUCAAGUUGGAAGUCCAGUUAUUUUCCUCAUCUGCAGCAAUGACACAUCCUCUUCAGUCCCCGCCUCCUCUGUCCCUGCCUGAUCAUCAGCUUCUUUCCCAUCCCUGGGAAAAGGUUAUCGCUAAACCCAGGUGACUUCCUUGGGAAUGGAGGGGUCGAGGAGAUGGACACCGGUCCUGCUGCUAGCUAGAGGAGAUAAGAGAGGUCAUACCUUAUCUUAUAACACUUGGCUAUAAAUGGGAGGCAGAAGCAGGGAUGGAAAAGGCAGCGGGACCUGACAUAGCGCUCUGGUUCCAGGCAGGUAUUUCUCCCCAGCAAUCCUUGCCUUUGGUCCACCAUGCCCAAGGCUGUGCUACUCCUGGUACUGUGGGCUUUGCUGGGGAAUCUACCAGCAGCUGAGGGCCGGACAUCUCCCUACGCAGUAAAGCUGUGCGGCCGAGAGUUCAUCCGGGCUGUCAUCUUUACCUGUGGGGGAUCUCGAUGGAGACGAGAUAGGGCAGGGAAUGCCUUUGCUGAGGAGUUGGGGGAUGAGUCCCAGGAGACCACUUCGAUUGAAUGGCUGUCCAGCCCCCUCGUGCCACUGUCCAGGGAGCCUGAAGACUUCUACAGCAGUGUCAGAGGCCCUAACUGGUCCGGGAUGUCCAGAAGCCGACCAGAAUUGGAGCCUGAGGCCAAGCCUGGCCAGGGCUUCCUUCGGGGGGGCCGGGAUGUUUUAACAGGCAUUUCCAGCAGUUGCUGCAAGUGGGGCUGCAGCAAGACUGAAAUCAGCAGUCUGUGUUAGAUUCUCAGGGGGAGAUUAAAAUUUCUCUGCAGAGUUUUAGACUCAGGGGAGUCUGACUUUUCCCCUUAUUCCUCCUGGUUCUAGACUCCAGUCCUCCCCGCUCUUUGCCCUACAUAAAGCCACAUUCUAUGUCCUCUCUCUGCUCUCUGUCUCUCUCUUUCUCUCUCUCCCCUCUCUUCCCCAGACUCUGUUCUUCCCUUUGUUUUCCAGUCCUAGAGUGGGGUACCCUUCCCUUCCAUGUCCCUACUCUAGUUUCCUUUCUGGUGUUAAGAUUUCUCUCUGCUUCUCAACUUCUCUCUAAUUGCCUCUACCCCCAGUUCCAGAUCUAUGUACUGUCUCCUCAGCUUUGUACCUCUCCUCUGCCUGGCCCUUGAGCUUCCUCUACCCUGAUCCUGUUUGGGAAAUGGAGCCUGCCUAUCACCCUUCUGCUAUUUUUGUGGAUACAAGGAGGAGGAAAUCAAUUGUAGGGGGUGGUCAUAGAGAACAGUCCUAAAGUCACUGAUUUCUGGCCCUGGGGAGGGAAAAUUGUCAUACGGAAUUAUGGAUCAUACAUUUAAAGCCAGACAGGGCUUCAGAUGUAUUCCCACAGUUACAAUUUGGGAUUGGCCCAUACAUGAUGGUGAAUAUCCACUAUCAUACCUACAUUAUUUUACACCUAGAAUCAUCCAGUCACACAGGGCAAUGAUAGAUAGUUGCUAUUUGCACUCACUAUGGGGGAUGGGGAAAGGGUGGGUGGCUGGGGCUGGGAGGCCGGAUGCAUGGGUUCAGGAUGUGGGUUGGCCCUGGUCCAGGCUCUCUCAAAAUCUCAAUAAA